AUGUCGCUUGGGGUUGAAGGUGGCAAAAGGAAUAGAUGGUGGGCGAAUAAGCACGUUCCUUUUUAUAACAUGGCACUAGUGGCGAAGUGGAUCACUCGACCCAUCUUCUCAUUUGAGAGGGUUUUCGUGGGGCACCUUUUGUUCAAAAAUUUCUGCAGCUCUUCUAGUGCCCAAUAUUUUUCCGACGUUUUUCCACUGUGCUUUUGUCCCCUUAAAGGAACGGCCUACGCGCUUUUUUUUCUUCGACGAAUUGGGCAAGGAGCACCCUCUCGGAGCCCGAAAGAAAAUCCGGAGGUCGGAAAAACUAGACGUAAUGGCGUGCGGGGGAUGCAAGCAGAACCCUCGGAGAAAUACAUGCACCACAUGCUUCGCAGCAAAGUAUCCCCGUCACUUUCUAGUGCCACGGCGACAGCUUCAAAGUGGGAAAGCGGAGGGAAACGAGGUUGUGAUCUUGCUCGAUUUGGCUCUUCUUCUUCGUUGGGUAUGGGCCUGCCCUAUCUACGUGCAUUUUAUCGUCUUUCUCGUUCGAACCGCUUCUAUCAGCCAUUCACGGUGUUAUUCGAAAGGGAAAUAUACGAAUGUAAACAAGACUUCGUAACCAUUCAAGGGGUUGUCCGAUAUUUGUAA